ACGUUUCUGAUUGCAAUCUUUUCUCUUCUUUGAUCUCUCACUUACUUUUACCUCUCUGGCCACUGUAGCUUUCCCCCUACUUCACGACUACGCUACCUUGUGUUCAGAGCCAUCCUGCUUGGACUCAACAUCAUGGUGCGCGACAAUAAUAUGACACAGGAAUGGCGGCGCUGCCAUGUUUGCUGGGAGCGUGGACAUAUCUCGAUGGAUUGUCCAGUCCGUCAAGGUCUACUCCAUCUGGUAUGUAAAGGAAAACGUACGCUAGAUGUUGUGAGACAAGUUCCUCACGUUUCAUAGGCGAAUAUGGCUGCUGAGCUGAACGAUCGGAUACGCCGACCUGUGCCGAUUCGAGUGUAUCGAGUGAAUACCCAUCGUCGUCAUCACCGCCCUCCUCGCCGCAGACAUGGCAGAGAGCAGAACAGUGAAAGGAACCAUACAGGACGACACGAACAACCCCCUCGCCCAGCACAUGUUAACUCGGAGCUCAACCACGAAGAUCGUGGCCCUUAUCAUCGCGAUGUCCAUAACAGUCGUCCUGCUCGCCCACCGGCAGAUAAUAAGGAGAACAUUCGCCCUGUUCCUCCCGCUAACCCAGCUCACUUGCAAACAAGCGUGGCCUAUGACAGACAUGAUCUCAAUAUGAGGGUCGAUUCUUCCAUUACUGCCCCGGGAUCAUCUGCACUUGCCACUGACACUAAAAUGGAGUCAGAGUCAGGUAAUCCGAUCGAACAUUCAGAUAACCCUACCUCUGAUUAUCUUCAGACGAGCGGGUGAGUAGCCUCCGGUUCUCUCGCCAUCCCAUUCAAGGUACUAAUAAAACAGAGCUGUGGACGUCCAAACCACAUGCAGGUAAGGUGCUAUACCUGGUUUGGACUGAUUGGUUCUGACACGCCAUGACCAGUGAUACCCUUGCUACUUCAAGUGAGAGCGGGUACGAAACCUAAGCCAGCUGCCAUAACUGUUAUACUAAUACAAAUACCCAAAGCACUCGUGAGAAUCUUCCAAGCUUGUCAUUCAACGUCUCCGGUGAUAUUGUGAUGACUGGGGAGUCACAAGCUGUGGUGGACGAUUAUUGCAGUGAGCUGUUUACGAUCGUAUGAACGUGGCUUCGUCAGACAAGUCUGGCUUUGGGAAAAUACAUUGACACCCAAUGUUAUGAAUCGGCAUCUUCGCGGUGAUAGUACUCGGACUCUCGAAUAAAGGAAUGUGCGUCUUUCUUUCUUUCUGACUAGAUUGGUUAUUGACUGAAACACCCAGCUUUUGAAAUGUUGCGGAUCUACUUGGUCGUUAUCCAAAAGCACACGCAACAUGCGCAGCUAUCAAGAUCAACCAAACACGAAAUUCUGAAAAAA